AUGGUUGUCCAUGGGGUUACUGGAUUUUUGGGGGAAGAUGGUGUUAUUCUCGGAGCCGAUAGUCGGACGACCACAGGAGCUUAUAUCGCAAAUCGAGUCACGGAUAAGUUAACACAGGUGCACGAUACCAUUUGGUGCUGUCGGUCAGGAUCUGCCGCGGAUACACAAGCUGUUGCCGACAUUGUCAGUUACCAUCUGGGAAUCGCAGGAAUCAUCAUCGCGGGUUACGACGCACGACAUGGAGGACAGGUAUACUCGAUACCACUGGGCGGUUCCCUGCACAAACAAUCAUACGCCAUUGGUGGUUCCGGAUCAACGUAUAUCUACGGCUACUGCGAUGCGAACUGGCGGGAGGGAAUGACGGAAGAGGAAGGGAUCGAGUUUGUGAAGAACUCACUACAAGAAGCGAUAAAAUGGGAUGGUAGCUCUGGAGGUGUGAUCCGUAUGGUUGUGUUGACGGAGAAGGGGGCAGUGCGACAUCUGUAUCUUCCAGACAACGGAUAUACCGGUCCGGGUUCGCAAUGA